AACCAGAUAAAUUACCAAAAAAGAUUUGUUUUCAUAGUGAACGUCAAAAUUUUUUUUAUUUUUCAACACUUUCAGAGUAUAACUUAAAAUCUUAGCAUUCGGACAUAAUUUUGUCUCAUAGAAAUCACUUUCACUUAGAUCUAUCUUUGAAUUUGUUUUGUUUUUUUUUUUGUUUUUUUUUUAAAUCUUACAACAUGCUGUGGUUGAGAUUAAUAGUGAUAUUCACUUUCGUCUCAUUGAGUUCUGCACAGACAACUCCAGGACCUCAACUUGUGGACGCACUGAAAGCAGAAGGGAACUUUGGUAUUUUCGUUGACCUUUUGCAGGCUUCUGGCUAUCUAGACCAAUUAAACGCUUCUACCCAUUUCACUGUUUUCGCACCAACUGACGCCGCUUUUGGCAAACUUCCGGCUGGAACUGUUGACUCACUCAAGGCAGACGCCAACAAGCUGGCAGACGUCAUCGGCUAUCACGUGAUCCUCAACAGCGCUUUCAAUCUCAACAACAAUCAGGACAAGGUCUUGACGUCUGCUAACAAUCAUUCAAUCAGAAUCAAUACCUACUCAGUUGUUCAUACUCAGACGGCUGAAGGCGUCAACAUCACAAAGAAAAAUGUCCGCGUUCUGCACGGGAUUCUCCACGAGAUUAACGGAGUGCUGUCCCCUCCUUUAGGAAACAUAAUCGAACUUGGAAGCAACAGAAGUGACAUCUCGACCUUCGAAAGUCUGGUCGCCCAGGCAAACCUAAGCACGUUCUUCACCAAUGAUCACUCGACAACUAUAUUUGUACCGAACAACGAUGCCUUCAAGAAGGUCAGUCAACCUGUCUUGGACUACCUCAGUAGCCACCCAAGUGACUUAGCAGAGGUGCUCAAAUACCACGUGAUCAAACAGUACUCUCUGUACAGCAUUGGUAUGGCCCACAGUUUAAGCCUUCCGUCCGGGGACCAACACAAGGACUACCUGAUGAUUCUCCAGGAAUCAAAUGGAGACCUGAAGGUCAACUCAGCCAAGAUCUUGGAGAAAGACAUUAGCUCUGUGAACGGAGUUGUCCACAUCAUCGACACUGUCCUGAUCCCACCACGUGUUACUGUCGCCAUUGAAGACCAGGGGGUUAUAGUUGGUUGAUGUAACCUAGGCAACAUGGACACCGGAAAUAAAAAACUUUACCGGAAACCAAAUACGUCAUAUUUGCUUUCUGUUUGUAACAAUAAAUCCCUCAAUGCAUUUCCAUUAUGUAGGCUACUGUGGACAUUGUUGGAUAGUUUGCCUUUAAUGUAACCAAAUGCCAUGACUGUAAAAUAAAAUAUUUGGAAUAUA